GGGUCGGGCUUUUGCACCAGAAUAUCAAGGCCCAAGGCCCAAAUGUUCAAAACUAGUUUCACACUCGACAAUGCCCUAACACUUGUUCAACAAUUUUCUUCUCAUUGCUGUGAAAAUGAAGCUAACAGAGUCAUCGGAGAACAAUGCUGAUGCUGGAAAUGAUUUUCCCCUUAAAUCCGAUGAUCAUGAUUCAGUUCCAGUUGAGGUUCAGGGUCAUGUAAAAGAACUUCAUCAUGCUGGCACUGCGGGUUCUUUGAAGGAAAGUGAGAUUCAAGAUGAAAAAACUUUGGGUUUGAGUUCAGAUAAUGGAGGAGAAUUAGUUGAGGUAACUCCCGAAUCUGUGGUUUCUGAUACUAAAUGGGUUUCCAAUGGUGGAUUAUCUUCAACGACUUCAGAAUGGCCUUCCUUCAACUCUAAUCCAUAUUCUUACCCUUAUUCUCCCGUGGGGAACGAAGAAGCAAUUGUUGCAGUUUUGCAUUUACAGCACAAUGCAAUUGAUGUUUGCCAAAAGUUCUUAGCACCUGAGGAUGAUUCUGACAGUGAUGAGGAUGUAGUUAAAGACGAGGAUGAGGAUGAAAGUGAAGAUGAGUUGGUAGAAAAUUGUGAUGAGGAAUCUGAACAUUACAAGUUCUUUGAAAAGGUGUUUGCGGAAGAUGUUGGCUUGAAGAAAUAUUACGAGGACAAUUGUAAAAAAGGAGAUUUUUAUUGUUUGGUUUGUGGCGGUAUUAAGAAGAAAAUGUGGAAGAGGUUUAAGGACUGUGUUGCACUGAUUCAGCAUUCAACUACUGUACUAAGGACGAAAAGGAAGCGAGCUCACCGGGCUUAUGCACAAGUUGUCUGUAAAGUUGUCGGUUGGGACAUGAAUCAGAUAUCAGCAAUUAUGUUGAAGGAUUUGGAUUCCUCCUUAGCAGCUUCAAAGAAGCUUUUGGCUGAACCUGAAAAACCAGUUGCUGUGAGUGGUGUUGAUGAUCAAAAUGUUGAACCUGAAAAACCUGCUGCUGUGAAUGGUGCUGAUGAUCAAAAUGGUAAAGUUGUUAAUUCUGUGGAUGACAAUUAGGAUGUUCUUAAUGAAAAGUGAAGUCAAAAUGAAUAGGAUUAAGUAUGGUUUGUAGAGAGACCAUUACUGUUCUUCACAAAAUUGGGGAGCUUGUUUGUCUAGGGAAUUCCCCUUGCACCAACCAAGGGAUGAUUUUGUAAAUACCUGCAUCUGAAACUGCAUGAAUCUCAAAAUACGAUGGUUAAAUUGCAAGUGGUUAUUCUCA